CAAUUAAUUAUACUGGUGAGUAAACAUUCCAUAUCUCCAGGGGGCAGUAAAUCACCAACCUUGUCUUUAUACCUGUUCAGACUACAUCCUCCAGGGGGCAGUUCAGACUACACCCUCCAGGGGGCAGUAAAUCACCAACCUUGUCUUUAUACCUGUUCAGACAACACCCUCCAGGGGGCAGUAAAUCACCAACCUUGUCUUUAUACCUGUUCAGACUACACCCUCCAGGGGGCAGUAAAUCACCAACCUUGUCUUUAUACCUGUUCAGACAACACCCUCCAGGGGGCAGUAAAUCACCAACCUUGUCUUUAUACCUGUUCAGACAACACCCUCUAGGGGGCAGUGUGCACCCGUUCAGUUUGUUUACCAACAUAGAAAUAGAAGAAGAAAAUGGACUACUUCAAAAUGGAGAUAGCAUGGGCAGCGCCACUGAGGCUCUCAGACGCCAUAAUUGGGACAGAUACAGGGAUGCAAUAUCUCAGUCCAUGGGCGUAACGUAUUGGAAUCAGGUCUACCUGCGAUAUCAGUCCAUGGGCGUAACGUAUUGGAAUCAGGUCUACCUGCGAUAUCAGUCCAUGGGCGUAACGUAUUGGAAUCAGGUCUACCUGCGAUCUCAGUCCAUGGGCGUAACGUAUUGGAAUCAGAUCUACCUGCGAUAUCAGUCCAUGGGCGUAACGUAUUGGAAUCAGGUCUACCUGCGAUCUCAGUCCAUGGGCGUAACGUAUUGGAAUCAGGUCUACCUGCGAUGAAAUAGCCCAAAGCUGAACUCACUAUGUCUUCAUCUGAAUAUUAGGAAACACUGCAUGUUGGUCUGUCGGAGACGUAUACUCCAUUCCAUCUGUUGUAGAUGCUUGGAGGUAGACUUCGGGAAUGCCUGAAUACCUUUUAAUCUAAUGUAUAUAGAAUUUGGAGAUUUUGUCUGAAUAAAUUUCAUCUAAGGCACCAAACAACAAAAACACUGACAAACACCUGAAGUUGUAUCUGUUACAGAACAUGUUGCUAUUGUGACCAGAUGAAUACAGCCCAGAUGUGUCCAAGUACAGUUGUUUCUGUUACAGAACAUGUUGUGACCAGAUGAAUACAGCCCAGAUGUGUCCAUGUACAGUUGUUUCUGUUACAGAACAUGUUGCUAUUGUGACCAGAUGAAUACAGCCCAGAUGUGUCCAAGUACAGCCUUUCUAUAUGAUGUAUAGAAUUGGGAAUGUCUCCACAUGUUCAAUAUCUUUAAUACGUUAUAUAAUCUCUACCAGCUGAUUAAAUAACUCUGUAAAAUUGCAGUUGACCGACAAGGCUGUAAGCUUUAGGAUCCAUUUGAACUGUACCAACAAUAAAGUUUUAAAUAAAUUUAAAUACAAAAUUCGAAUA